UCCAGGUCUGCGAUAUGAGCAAGCGGAUAUUGCCCUGUGCAAAACAUUUGGACAAAUAGCAAAACCGCUGUCUUACAAACCAUAACCUGGAUGAGAGUUUAUUUUGCAAACGCCAUCUUAAAUAAAUUUCGUUUGAGAUACAGCGCUUAAUUGUGUCUCUUUUUCAAGUACUUUUGCUUCAAUUUGGACAUUUUUCGGCUCUAGCUAGCUGACAUUAGCGCGCUAGCUAACGCGCUGCUAGCAUCCCUCAAUCAGCACGAAAACAUCUUCAGCAUGGAUAACGUUAGUCAGGGCGUAGCAACAGUUGUGACAUCUACGACGUCUUCGCCAUCGAGCAACUGCAUCGCAAAUAAUACAGCAACCAAUGUUAGCAGCAUCCCUGCGGUCACGAGUAAUGCCUCAACUUCAGUUGCCAUGGUGACACCAUCAUCAGACACAUCAGUAUCCAACGGUGUCUAUGUUCCCGGAGGCAUCGCCAAUGGGGAUGUGAAGCCUGUCAUCUCCACCUCGCCCCUGGCAGAUUUCCUCAUGCAGCUGGAAGAUUACACACCCACAAUCCCUGAUGCAGUGACAGGGUACUACCUCAAUAGGGCUGGCUUUGAGGCAUCUGAUCCAAGAAUAAUCCGUUUGAUCUCCCUUGCCUCUCAGAAGUUCAUCUCAGACAUUGCCAAUGAUGCACUGCAGUACUGUAAAAUGAAGGGUACUUCCUCAGGAAGCUCAAGAAGCAAGACAAAGGAUAAGAAGUACACUUUGACAAUGGAGGACCUAACUCCUGCCCUUUCAGAUUAUGGCAUCAACGUCAAGAAACCUUAUUACUUCACAUAAGAACUUCACAACUUUGUAAAAAAGACUUAUGAUUUUGCUAGUUUUAUUCUCCCCAGACCCACUAGAGCUCUUUGACACGUUUUGCAAAAGAAAAUGUUUUGAAUGUGUUACUUUAGUACAGCCUUUGGCAAAAUUUUCAAGUCAAUUUGCCCUGUUUUGUAGCACAUACUUUGCAUUGUUUGGAAUUGUCAAAUGACUGUUUUAUUGUGGAAAAAUAAACUUUCAGUUUAACUGUGUUUUUUUUUUGUAUUUACUUUCUUGCAGAGAGGGAGGGAUGUUAUUGACAUUAUUGUUAUCCAUAUAAAGGAUUGUUGUGACAUAUAGAUUUCGAACAAAACAAGGCGAGUCCUAUAGAAACAUUUGUCUCAAAAUAAAUCGAUGCAGAAAAACAAAUGGAAAGAACAUGAUUUAUACAUUUCCAUCAUAGCUUUCAAACAAGUAUGGUAAACCACAAAUGUUUCUGCCUAGACACAA